UCACCCAGAAACAGGCGCGUAAAUGCUCGGCGCGCUCCACGGCAAAAACAAGCAGAAGGAGCGUGUGACGCAUGUUCCUGUGCAGUUAUGCGGGCGAGACACACAAGACCAAAGUGUUUGUGUUCACAGACGGGACAAAAGGAUGACAUGUGAACACCUGAGCCGAUUGUUGGGGUGUUUCGUGUUUGUUUGCACCAUGCAAACACCUUCUGCAGGGCAGGGCGCACGAGAUUUCCAAAAGAAAGUGUCCAUGCUGUUGAUUGAGGAGCCAGAAAAUCCAAAAUGCUUUGCAGAAGGGAAGAAGGACUUCACGUGUUUCUGGGAGGAAGAUGAGGAGAGAGCUGCACCCCUGGACAAAUACUCAUUCACCUACACCUACCAAAAUGAAAACAGCAGCAUGUGUCCACUGAGAGACAUCCCCACUGCAGGCGGAAAGAGGUUGUACAUCUGCCGUCUGAACCGUACCCAGAUGUUUGUCCAGAUGGACAUACAGGUUCACCGGGAUGGAAUUUUGAUCCACAAUCGCAGUCUCCUCGUCGAGCUGGUCUUUCUGCUGGAUCCUCCAGCCAACGUGACGGUGAGCCGCACAGGUCACCAGGGUCAGCUGAAUGUCAGCUGGGUUCCUCCUCCUCUCAAAUAUAUGGAUGACAGCAUGAUGUACGAGGUCAGCUACGCUGUGGCAGGCAGCCACUUCAGACAGGUGGAGGUAACACAUGCCCGCUCAGAGGUGGUCCUACGAGGUCUGCAGCCUGGUACAAAGUACCAAGUGCACGUCCGUGUAAAGCUGGACGGAAUUAGCUACAACGGCUACUGGAGUGCUUGGAGUGAUCCUGUGUUUAUGGAAACGCUGCCUGCAGAACUUGACCCGCUCAUUCUUUCCCUGACGCUCAUAAUUUCUUUGAUCCUUGUUGUGUUGUCGCUGACCGUGGUCCUGUCCCAUCGAAGGUUUAUCGUAAAGAAGAUUUGGCCUGUAAUUCCGACUCCUGAGAGCAAGUUCAAAGGUCUUUUUACUGAAUAUGGUGGAGAUUUUCAGGAGUGGUUAGGGCAGACUAACGGAAGAUUGUGGUUGAGUACAGCGUUCUUCCACUUGGACGAAUGCCCUUCUCCUCUCGAAAUCCUCUCGGAGCUCAGCUUGACCUCUUCGCUCGUCUCCCCACCUUUGCCACCCAAGGUCUCCAGUGCUUUACGCACAGAGAAGAAUGAGAAUGAGGACGAGACAAGAGUACUGGGUGAGAUAAAAAUGCUGGAGAGAGGAGAGCCAGCUGUCAUAGAUGGGUCAAAAAACACACAUGACAGUCACUGGCUGAUGGAGCACUUAUGUGCACUACACCAGCACCGGAUUCCCUCCCCUGAGUCAGGUCUAAUGGAGUUCCACGACACCUACAUCACCCUCACUGCCAACGCCCACUCUGAAGACCAGCACUUGGAUGCCGCUCUCAAGGAGACAUUACCCCUGGAUGUGCUUCUUGAAUCCAGGAACGCGGUGUUCUGUGAAUCUCACUCUGAUCUGGGAUCUGCACCACAGAGCUCUGGAUCAGGUCACCUCUCAUCCCAGUCCAGUUCUGAGUACCCAAACCAAUCAUGGACACCUAAAGGCUCGGGGUACACCUAUAUGGCAGUGGCGGACUCUGGAGUCUCCAUGGAUUACAGUCCCAUGAGGUCAAGUCGAGGAGAUGACGGUGGGAACGUUUAUGCCAACGAGUAUAAAAAUGAGAUCCCUGCUCAGAAAGGACGGAUCUUCCAAGACAGUACCCAGUCCAUGACUGAUAAGGAAAGCGUGCAAACACCAUUUUUCUGUUUUUCAAACAAUUCUUGAGUUGUACAGAUUAUGUAGAAGUGGCAGCUAAAGCUCACACCAAACACUAUUUCUUGAAUAAACAUGUACUUAUCACUUUUAUGCAACUUUUUAAAAAAACCUCACUGUAUUUGUAAAUAAUGUCCUUUUAAAAAUACAAAGAAUGAUCAAAUUAGUAUAAUAUGGCAUUUCCUAAACACAAAGUCACAGCAUAAAUUUACAAAUGGCUACUUUAGGCUUUAUAAAGGAAAUAUAUGCAUUCAAGAAAAAAAAAAUUACAUUAGUCACAUUGUUAGCAAUCAAGUUGCUGAAUGCUCGUCUUAUCUAUGACAUGUGUGAUAUGAUUUAAAAAAUCCCUAUUUUCACAAAUUAAUAAAAAAGAAAUGUAUCAAUGGAGCAACUGUUGUAAGAGCGGUAAAUAAAUACAAACCAAUUUUAUGAUUGUAUAGCAUAGUUGUAAACAUGUUUGUGCAUUCUAGGAUUUUUACAAAAUAUAUUUUAACAUUUUUAUUGGCAUUAUUUACCCAUUGAUGGUACUUGUACUGUAAACAUCAGAUGAACGGGCACAUUUAUUCUUCACUGUUCAGUAAAUCUUGGUGGGAAUAGACUGGAUGUUAGCUUAUUUGGCUAAUAGUAAAGAAGUGUUACCUCAGCCUUGGUUAGCUUACAGUAGAGGCGAGCAAUCUAUUUAAUGUAGUAUCUGUUUUAUUGUUACUUCCUAAUUUUGGUUUUUAAAUCUUCUGUUUGUGAAUUGUUUACUAGGUUUUUAAUAUGCAUUAAUAAAAGUACAAAAAAUAACUCAUUAAGGCAAGAAGAUCCAGAUGCAACAUAUGUGAUAAACAAACUUUAGCUAACUUCUGAUGUUACAUUGAUAUAAACAUUUAUAACAGAAAAAUACGCAAGCUGGCCAUAUCUCUGUGGUCAUUAUAUUACUAUUGUGCACAUGAGUACAAACUGGGAUGCUACUGUUAUUCCAUGUCAGUUUCAGUAUACUUUAGGUUUUUGUAACUUCUGCAGCAGCUCCCCAUUCAGGCUCAUUCAUUUGUUCCUCAACAAAUUUUUCAAAAAAUGAUUUCUCACAAAUAAAGUAAUACAGGUAGUUACAGCACUGAGAGGCUUGGCAGCUAACAAUGUUUUAUAAUAAAACUAAGGUUGUAUAAUACAAAAGUAAACUCAUUGAACGUUUCACUUGUUACCACUGCCACCUAGUGGACAUUUAAAGUAACAAUUACGUUUCUCAAAUCAAUAAGUCAUCAGUUGCAGAGUAACUUCCAUAAUUUUCUUAUUUUUUCUUUGUAAAUUCCCAAUAAUUUGAGUAAUUUCUAUUUUUUUCCUCAUGCUCGUCUAUGGUUUACUAGAAAUAUGACAAAAUUGUACAUUAACGUGCUGACACUGUUCCAACUGCAAAACGGCGUCUCCACAAAUUGUUUUUCAGCCCCAUGUCAUUGCCUUUGUCUGGAACCAAUACUGUAUCCAAACACAAACAGUGAGAUAGAGCUGAAAAGUGGGAACAAUUUUUUACACUUGAUCCACUGUCAAGGUUUUUAGUUUUUUUGUUGUUGUUUUGUUUUUUGAGGUAAGUCAAAUGGGACAUGAACUCUGCCAUAAAACAACCUGUAUUCUUCCCUGUACAGAAACAUAAUUAUAGAAGGUUGUACACUUUUUAAGAUUUUUGAACUAACGCUAGUUGUAAAUAUUAUUAAUGUAAAUAAGUUCAAAAAGGU